AUGUUGGUUUUAAAUCAAUCGAUCAGAUAAAAUAAUGUGCGCAAAUUUACUCCGAACGAUUUCAAAGAAAUGCGGGGCAUUCAUCACAGAUCCCAAAAUUUUCCAGCGAAAUAGGGGUGCCGUGAAAAUUUACAAUUGCCAGCGGAAUGCAGGGCACUGGUUCCCAGACGAGAAUUACAUCAACCAGUUCAUUGGUCCUGUAAUGGUGCCCAACGAUGGGGUCAAGUGGAAAUACAUGCCACCCAUGCAAAAACCCAGGAAGAUCGAAAAAAAUGUGCAGAACACAAGAAUUAAUUUUGGACCUCAGCAUCCAGCUGCCCACGGAGUUCUUAGACUGGUGCUGGAGCUCGAGGGAGAGUUCGUUAAGAAAUGUGAUCCACACGUUGGCCUUCUCCAUCGGGGCACCGAAAAACUCAUUGAGUACAAAACGUACUUGCAAGCACUUCCCUAUUUUGAUCGACUCGAUUACGUCUCCAUAAUGUGCAACGAGCAAUGUUUCUGCCUAGCUGUUGAGAAAUUAUUAAAUAUCGAAGUGCCAGUUCGUGCUAAAUAUAUCAGAACAUUAUUUGGCGAGAUCACCCGAAUUCUCAACCACAUAGUAGCAAUCGGAUGUCAUUCCUUGGAUAUUGGUGCCCUGACUCCAUUUUUCUGGCUGUUCGAGGAACGUGAAAAGCUUAUGGAAUUUUAUGAGCGAGUGAGUGGAGCGAGAAUGCACGCAGCAUACGUUCGUCCAGGCGGAGUGGCCCAGGAUCUUCCCCUGGGUCUUCUGGACGAUAUUCACCAGUGGGCGUGCCAAUAUGCAGGCCAGAUCGACAACAUUGAGGAUCUUUUGACAAGAAACACCAUCUGGAGAAGCAGAACAAUGGAUGUGGGGAUAGUAACAGCCCAACAGGCACUGGACUGGGGAUUUAGUGGUGUAAUGCUUCGUGGAUCCGGACACAAGUGGGACAUCAGAAAGACUGCACCCUAUGAUGCCUAUGAUCUCGUUGAUUUCGAUGUGCCAAUUGGGAUUGCCGGGGAUUGUUACGACAGGUACCUCUGUCGAAUCGCAGAGAUGCGCCAGUCCCUCCGCAUAAUCGACCAGUGCCUAAAUCAAAUGCCAGCUGGUGAAAUUAAAGUGGAUGAUCACAAAAUAGUGCCACCCAGACGUCAGAAGAUUAAGACAAGCAUGGAGGCACUGAUCCAUCACUUCAAGCUAUUCAGUCAGGGAUUUCAGGUACCACCUGGUGCUACUUACACAGCUAUCGAGGCCCCUAAGGGUCAUUUUGGGGUUUAUCUGGUGAGCGAUGGUAGCAGCAGACCUUAUCGCUGCAAAAUCAGGGCUCCAGGUUUCACUCAUCUCUCAGCACUCCAGGAAAUCGGCCCUCGACACUUCCUCGCUGAUAUUGUCGCCAUGAUUGGGACUUUGGACGUCGUGUUCGGAGAAGUUGAUCGAUAAAUAGUUGUUCAUCUCUCAU